AUGUCACAGCAACAUUUUACUACGCCACCGUCGAUUCUUGCUCGACAAAAAGAUGGUGAUGCGCCGAAGAAGCAAACAAGAGAAGAAUAUCGACAACAGAAGGAAUUAGAAGAACUACGAAAAGCUGGCUCAGCACCCGCCGAAGUCGACGAAGAAGGAAAAGAUAUCAAUCCUCACAUACCAAAAUAUAUGACCGAUGUGCCAUGGUAUGUUACAUAUGACCAUGAAAAACCUACACUUAAACAUCAACGUAUACAUCCAGAGAAAACCAAAACAUUCGAUACGCUCAAUGAAUGGUACGCUCGUGGUCAUGCCGAUAAAGUUGCAACGCGUUAUCGUGCAGGAGCAUGUGAAAAUUGCGGUGCCAUUACUCAUAAACGAAAGGAUUGUGUUGAACGUCCCCGUCGUUUAGGAGCACGUUUUACCGGCACCGAUUUUGCUCCUGAUGAAUAUAUUCAACCGAAUAUUAACUUAUCUUUUGACGGCAAACGUGAUCGUUGGAAUGGCAUUGAUCUUAAUUGGCAUCAACGGAAGAUACAUGAUGAACAUGAUCGGCUAGCCGAAGCAAAGAAGAUUUUGAAAGCACAAAAACUAGAUGAAGAAGCCGAAGCUGAAGAGCAAGCGGAAGCAUCAGCUACCGCAAGUAACACAGAUGAUUCUGAAUCAGUCGUGACAGUUGCAGCUAAGCCGGACGCCAGUGAGAGCAAGCCGAAGUCGAAAAAAGUCGAUUCUGACGAUGAUGACGAAGACGAAGAAUACAAAUACACAGACUCCAUGGACAUGCCUGGCCAACAUGUCGAUUCGAAACAACGUAUUAGUGUUCGUAACUUACGUAUUCGAGAAGAUACUGCGAAAUAUUUACUGAAUCUCGAUGCUAAUUCUGCUUAUUACGAUCCGAAAUCACGUUCCAUGCGUGACAAUCCAUUUGCUGGAACCAAUAAGGAUCCGUCCCAAGUACCAUAUUUAGGUGACAACUUCGUGCGUUAUUCGGGUGACGCAAAAAACUUUGCCGUAAGUCAAAUCUUCGCGUGGGAAGCAACGGAUAAAGGUGUCAGUAUUCAUACGCAAGCUGAUCCAACGAAACUCGAAUUAUUGAACAAGGAAUUUCAUGAGAAGAAAAGUCAAUUUGUUAAAACUAAUCAGCAGCAAUUAAUUGAACGUUACGGUGGUGAAGAAUAUCUAAAUAGUAUUCCACGUGAAUUAGUCGUCGAAGCACAAACUGAACAAUACGUUGAAUAUAAUCGUCUUGGCAAAGUAAUUAAAGGUGAUCAACGUGCAACGGUUAAAUCGAAAUAUGUAGAAGAUGUUUAUGAAAAUCAACACACAUCUGUUUGGGGUUCUUAUUGGCAUAAUCAUCGAUGGGGUUAUGCAUGCUGUCAUUUACUGAUGAGACAAUCUUACUGUCCAGGAACGGUUAUUGAAGAAAAGGAAAUCACCUUUGAGACCAAUAAGGUACUGGAUGAAGGUACGAGUGAUAAACCUAAGUCGUUGGUUGAAAUGCAUCGCGAAAAAUUAAACAAAGAAAAACUUCAACCGAAAUCAUCGACGGCGGCAGCUGAAGACAAGAAUUCCGUAACGAAAAAGAUAGAUAAGAAGAAAGUACAAGAAGCAGCAAAAGAAAUAGAGCGACGAGAGCGACAGGAAGAAGACAUGGCACAAACCGAUGAACGAAAACGUAAAUACAAUUCAUUGAAAUCAGAUACUAUUGAUCACAAAGAACCAACAGAAGAAGAAUUAGAAGCUUAUCGACUGAAGAAACUUCGUCAUGAUGAUCCAAUGGCACAAUUUAUGUUAAACUCUUAA